CAACGAACCGUCACCGUCCUGGUCACUGGCUUCGGACCAUUCCAGGACAAGUUCCCGGUCAAUCCAUCAUUCGAGAUCACCAAGUCUCUACCAGAAAGUCUGCGUCCAUCCUCCAGAUUCUCACAAACGAAAAUCCGCAUCAUCCCGUACAGCUCGGCCAUCCGUGUUUGCUACGAUGAAGUCCUCCAGCUCGUUCCAAAGCUUCAUGACGGGUAUGCCGGAACCGUCGAUCUGGUGCUACAUAUUGGAAUGGCGUCGGGGAGGAAGUUCUACUGCGCUGAGCGAUAUGGUCAUCGGGAUGGGUACCAAAAGAACAAGGUGAGUUUUGUGGACCUCGACGGCAUCACACCUCCCAUAGACCAGGGUCCCACUAUCUUUCCAGACUGUCCAUCCACCAUGACCACCUCUCUCGACUACAUGCACCUCCUUCAAAACUGGGCGGAGAACAUCGCCUCUCUGCCCGAGACAUCGCCGGCCUUCAACGCCGACAUCCGCCCAUCGGAGGACGCAGGCCGGUAUCUGUGCGACUACACAUACUUCAACAGUUUGGCAUACUUUGGACGACGGAGUGGGGUGAUGGAAGGCGGAGACCAGAAAUCGAGACCGGUAUUGUUCCUGCACGUUCCGGCGGAGAGUGAUGGGAGCAUGAUUGAGAAGGGGAGGGAGGUUUGUGAGGCUUUGAUUGCGGCUAUGGUGGAGACUUAUCUGGGGCAGGAGAAGAGGGCCGGGCAGAAGGUGGACUUGUAG